GGGGGUGGGUCCGCGGUCCCCUGUACAGAUCAGCUGCCUUCUCAGGAAGGGUCCCUAGGGCCCUCAUCUUAUCCUUCCGCUUAUUUGGUACGCAAUCCUUGCUAUUUGCAAGAGAGGGGCUCAAUUUAUCCCCAAUUCUUGGUCCUUGCCCCUAAACCUGCCCCUCCUAUGUUGCCUUUCUACCCAGUCCUCCAAGGUCAGAAACCGGGGAUUCCUGUCCUGCUGCCCCCUCUCCCUCACCGCCCACAUCGAGGCAUUACCAAGCCCUGUGAAUUAUGCCUCCUUAAAUAACCCUCCAAUGUGCUUAUAUGGAACCUCAUUUUCUACCUUAGUCUUCCUCUCUCCAAAGUCCCCCUGAUCUCCUCCCUGUCUCAUGCCACCCCCUCCAAAUGUAUCAUAGUCCUGUUCAAAAUCAGAAUUUGGCAUUUCCCCACUGCCUACAGGAUCAAGUCAGAGCUUCCCUGCCUCCAUAGCCCCAUUCCCAGUUUUCCCCACUCCCAGUUUUCCCCACAGUAUAUAUUAUGCUCUUUCGGAGCUGAAUGACUCAUUUUGCGUUUCCCAAUGAUGCUGUGUGCCCUAUUACCAUGCCUUUGCCCAGGCUAUUCCUUCUGCCUGCAGGAUCCUUCUCUCAGCCUUUCCCCUCUUUAGCCCUUUCUAGUCAUUCCUUUCUUCUCAUCAGUGUUGCCUUUUCCUGAUCGCCCCAGGCAGAUUUUGUAUUUUCUUUCUCCAUGCCCCCGCACUGCACCUUGUAGAAACUGCCAUCUAACAUCAACUGAGUGGACUUGUAAGUACUUAAAGGGCUCCUUUUCUUCCAGACCUAAGCUCCUUCAGAGCAACAGUACUGUUUGGUCAUCUCUGUCUCUUAGCAUAAUGUUUGGCACCAACUGGGCAUGAGUAAAAACGUGUUGCAUGAGAGGGAAACUGAGUCCCAGGGAAGGAACUCUGGAAGGGUCCCUUCCACAUUUAAGUAAUGUGGUCUCACCCACAGCCUCAUACAUGUUUGGCCUUUAGCACAUCUGCAAUGAACAGUUGUCCAUAGGCAUCGGUUGCAGUAUCAGUGGGAGGAGCUUAAGGCUUCAUCGAACACCUGUGUUUGGAAGGCAAUGAGCUGUAGGUCACAGCUUCUGCCUUUAGGGAGUUUACCCUUUUCUAGAAUGGACGGAUGCAUAUGCAGUUCUGAUACCUUGGAAGCACGUGCAAAUGCUUUGGGAGCAUCUCAAAGCAGAGUUGCCUUAUUGGUUUGGGGAAGGUGGCAUUUGAGUGAAACUUUAAGGAUUUUGCCAGACACAGGAGUGGGAAGGGUAUUCUGCAGAGGUCAUGGUGGGAACAAAGGUUUGAAGGUGAGAAAAUGAUCCAGCCUACAGCUGGAGUUUUAGCCACAUUGAGGGGAGGGGUUGGGGCUAGAUCACAGAGCCUUGAAUGCCAGACUGAGGAGUUUGCCUUCUGUCCUGUAGGCUUGGGGAGGCCCAGAACACUUUACAGCAGGGUAGCUCUGUGGCCAGAACUGAACCUGGGUCAGGUACUUGGAAGGAUCUUGGAUGGCAUGCACAGGGUGGGAGCUGGAUGGGGUCUCAUAUUCAUCCACUUCUUGUCAUUCAGGACGAGGUCGCUGCCUUCUUCGUGGCUGACCUGGGUGCCAUAGUGAGGAAGCACUUUUGCUUUCUGAAGUGCCUGCCACGAGUCCGGCCCUUUUACGCUGUCAAGUGCAACAGCAGCCCAGGUGUGCUGAAGGUUCUGGCCCAGCUGGGGCUGGGCUUCAGCUGUGCCAACAAGGCAGAGAUGGAGUUGGUCCAGCAUAUUGGAGUCCCUGCCAGUAAGAUCAUCUACGCCAACCCCUGUAAGCAAGUUGCACAGAUCAAAUAUGCUGCCAAGCAUGGGAUCCGGCUGCUGAGCUUUGACAAUGAGAUGGAGCUGGCAAAGGUGGUAAAGAGCCACCCCAGUGCCAAGGUUUGUCCAGCAGAGGGGCACUGCGUGUCUCAUCAGGAUGGUUCUGUGCAUUGCUACUGAUGACUCCCACUCCCUGAGCCGCCUGAGCCUGAAGUUUGGAGUGUCGUUGAAAUCCUGCAGACACCUGCUUGAAAAUGCGAAGAAGAGCCAUGUGGAGGUGGUGGGUGUGAGUUUUCACAUUGGCAGUGGCUGUCCUGACCCUAAGGCCUAUGCUCAGUCCAUCGCAGAUGUCCGGCUCGUGUUUGAAAUGGGCACCGAGCUGGGUCACAAGAUGCACGUUCUGGACCUUGGUGGCGGCUUCCCUGGCACAGAAGGGGCCAAAGUGAGAUUUGAGGAGAUUGCUUCUGUGAUCAACUCAGCCUUGGACCUGUACUUCCCAGAGGGCUGUGGUGUGGACAUCCUUGCUGAGCUGGGGCGCUACUACGUGACCUCGGCCUUCACUGUAGCAGUCAGCAUCAUUGCCAAGAAGGAGGUUCUGCUGGAUCAACCUGGCAGGGAGGAGGAAAAUGGUUCCACCACCAAGACCAUCGUGUACCACCUUGAUGAGGGCGUGUAUGGGAUCUUCAACUCAGUCCUGUUUGACAACAUCUGCCCUACCCCCAUCCUGCAGAAGAAACCAUCCACGGAGCAACCCCUGUACAGCAGCAGCCUGUGGGGCCCGGCGGUUGAUGGCUGUGACUGCGUGGCUGAGGGCCUGUGGCUGCCGCAACUACACGUAGGGGACUGGCUGGUCUUUGACAACAUGGGUGCCUACACUGUAGGCAUGGGUUCCCCUUUUGGGGGGACCCAGGCCUGCCACAUCACCUAUGCCAUGUCCCGGGUGGCCUGGGAAGCGCUGCGAAGGCAGCUGAUGGCUGCCGAACAGGAGGAUGACGCGGAGGGUGUGUGCAAGCCUCUGUCCUGCGGCUGGGAGAUCACAGACACCCUGUGUGUGGGCCCUGUCUUCACCCCGGCGAGCAUCAUGUGAGCGGGCCUUGUUCCCCCUGGAGAACCCCAGCGGGGCCUCAGAGAUGCCUCUGGGAGAGGUGGGGAAGAUGGCAGGCAAGGGUACCCUUGACCAGGACUCUGGUGCCCACCCUGCCACCCCCGUGCUCCACCUGUAGUGUUUCUGCCCUGUAAAUAGGACCAGUCUUACACUCGCUGUAGUUCAAGUAUGCAACAUAAAUCCUGUCCCUUCCAGCUGUGUCUGCCUCCUCUGCAGCGCAAGGGGCCUGGUCAGCCAGGUGUGGGGGUUUUCUUGGGGUCUCUUCUGGUCUCCUUCCACCUUUGUAAAUAUAAUGCAAUAAAUAAAUGUUUAGGUUUUUUAAAACUGCA